AUAAGAAUGUUGGAGAGAUGCAUUAGAGAAGGAGUGGGGGCAUGGACCAGGGGGAAACCAGUAAGGAUAGAAGUGCUCGAGCUUCGGGAAUGCUACUAGGAAGGACCGGGUGACCACUCCAAGGCGAUGACCGUGAAAGAGGUGGAGGACGUGAUGAAGUCAUACAAGCAAUUGGUCGCAGUACCCAUCGAUCGCAAUCCAGGAUCAACGCUCCUUCUGUGUCCGCAGUUGUACGUCGAAGCAUGCAGAGCUACGUUUAAUCGGAACCCGAGCUUCACUCCUGUCCGAAGAAGGGAGGAGCAGUUACUUAAAGAGAUGAAAGGAGAAUUUGAUCGGAGGGGUUUGGGGAGAGUAGCGAGAUGGCAGACCGGCGGGAAGAUUGGUCAGGCAUAUGUGUUGCCAAAGGACAAAGAUCUGGAGCAUUGGGGGCCGAUCUCGCCAACUACGGACGAUCCAGCAAGGUUGGCAGGAGCAAGAGACGGGAGAGCCAUUAGAUACAUGCUCUUCGUGCUUGAUCGUAGACUGCACUUCGAUCUGAAGGCUACAGAUGAGUUGAAGGAAUGGAUGGAGAAGAUUGUGAGAGAAUUGGGGAGUGCAUCGGACGGUGCGCUGGCAGCUAGUUAUGAUAUUGAGGAUAUGUUUGCAAGGCUGACACACAACAGCGUACUAGAGGCCGUCGACUGGAUCACUCAGCUAAGUGCGGCAAAGGGUUUCAAAGGGGUAAGCGUAUGUCUCAGGGGUAAGGUCUGUACCAUGAUGAGACUAAAUCGCAAGAGGGAGGGAUGUGUCAACCUCUCCUCAGCUGAGAUUAAGUCAAUCAUCCAGUUCGAAGUGCAAAAUACGUACGUGAAAUGCGUAGGGAGUAUACUGAAGCAGGAAUUUGGUAUCCCCAUGGGGAGGAACUCAAGUCCGGCUCUGGCAUGCUUGGUGUGUGCGAAAGCAGAAGCAGUUUUCGUGAACUCGUUGGGCGCAAGCCGUGCAUUGCUGAGGGGGGUGCGGAUGAUUGAUGAAGUGGCAAUUGUGGUGGCAUAUCGUUUAGGUAAUAUAGAAUCAAAUCUAGCAGCACACAGGAUUAGAGAAGCUUUCGAGUCUUGCUACGACCUUAAUCUGAAGCUGGUACGGAAGGACGAAGGAAGCAACGUUUUUGACUUCGUGGGUACCAGAAUGUUUGUACAGGUUGAUCUGAUCAGGGUUCUAAUUCACCCAAUGACUCGGAAUCAGGCUUUCCUGAGGCGAGUGGUCGUUAGAUCUACGGCUACGGAAGACAGCUACGGAGGACUCACGAUGGGGUGCUACACGUGCGGUAAGGACGGGCACUUCGCGAGGGAUUGCCCUCAACGGGCUGGAGCUACGCCAUGUAGUAGCAAUAACAACUACGGCAGAUAUUAUAAGUAUAAUGGCCUGUCAUGGCAGCAGAAGAAGGACGUUGACGAUAUAUCAUGGAUGAGGGAUUUGUGUGGGGAGAUAGCGAGGGAGAGGAAGGAGAAAGAGGAGCUUCGGAAGGAACAAGAACGCCAACAGUUGGAGGAGGAGAGACGGAAGAGGGAGGAAGAACUUCACAGACAACACAAAACGGAGAUCGAGAGACAUGCCGAGAUUCGGGAUGCACGACUCAUGGCAGCAAUGACUUCGCAAUUGAAGGCUUUGCACGACAAGCUGACAGGACAGAUGGAGAGUGUACGGGCGAAGGUAAGGAAUACAUACCAACAGCGGGAGGAGAUUGGAACACUGAGGAAUGAAGUGCAAGAGCUGGAGAGAGAACUUGCUCGAGAAGACAGCCCGGAGAAGGAGAGAGACGAACUCCGCCGAAAACUGGCGCAACUGAGGACACUCAAGGAGGAGAGAGACCGUGCACGAGCAAAGAAGAAGGUUCUGGAGCAAGAAAUUGAAUGGGAGUUGGAGCAAACACGGAGAGAACUCGAAGAGGAAGACCAGUUCGCGCCGUCAUCCUCCGCGCAAAGAAGGCCGAGAAUGGACACACCGACCACUCCGGUGCGACCACCAAGACCACAGCAGCGGGUCAGACAACCAAGCAUGGGUAUCCGCAUCGAAGAACCGUCGACACCUCGCACACCGAGAACAAGAUCUCAGGCAAGGAGAAAUCUAACGGCAGAUACUGGGACGCUGAUAUCAGGCUGGAAGGAGAUUACAACUAACGGAUCGAAGAUGAGUGUUGUAGACUAUUGUAUGAGCAUGCGAAGCUACCUACGGACGAGAUCGAUGGAGGAGCUACAAUGCCUAUGUGGAGAGGAGAAGAUCGAAUACGGGAGACCUCUCACGGUACACCUGGCAGAUGUGGACCGAUGUGUACACGAUGAAGAUGAGCUCCAAGAUCACCUGUAUCAAGCUACUCAAGAUUGGAAGCGCCGGCUGCGGGACCUCGUAUGCAUGCCCAUGGAUCGCAACCCAGGGGCAACAUACAUCGUCUGCCCUCUGGUGUAUGCGAGGGCUUUGAGGGACACCUUCUGGCAUGGUGACAACUUCAGAAUGUGCAAGACAGCAGUGAAGGAGGUACUUUUGCUCAACAAGGCGAAGUACGAAGAGAGAGGUUUGAAACAACUGGGAACUUGGAGGACGAAAGUAAGGUAUGAAGACGCCUACGUACUGCCGAAGCAGAAAGACCCCAUGAGAUGGCGACCGAUAGCACCAGCAUGGAACGCACCAACGAAGGACGGGGCGAAGAGAGUUGCGAAAGCACUGCAAUGCAUGCUGGGGUGCCUAGCGAAGAGACUGCACUUCAACACACUGUCAUCGGAAGAUGCUAUUCUAAGACUGGCCCGCUGGGCUGGGGAUACUGACCCCAAAUUGGGAGUGAUGGUAGCAAGCUUCGAUAUCAAAAACAUGUUUGCAGAGCUUUCGCACAAAGAGAUUCGGGAAUCACUUACCUGGCUCAUCGCAAUGAUGGAGAUGAAGGGCUACGACAGGGUAAACGCAAACCAAAGAGGGAAGAAGCCCGCGAUGGGAAGAAAGGCCAGGGAGGGACACUACUCCGUCAGGUUCCACCAUGUACGAGCUUGGGUCGACUACGAGCUGGACCACUCUUUUAGCUUGGCUGAAGGAGAACUCGUGCAGCAGAUCAAGGGAAUACCGAUGGGCGGCCACACGAGCCCGGCUCUAGCGUCAUGGUUAUGUCGAGCCAGACGACGCUACUUCGGGAACGUCGCUGAGAGCAGUACGCGAGCGAAGGUUUUCUUCCGAAAAGCGAGUCGAGUGAAGACGAAGGCGUCUGAUCCAAGAGAUGUGAUGGAAGAGAAGAAGAAAGGUGGAGAAGAAUCGGGGGAGAGUAAUAAGAGUGGUGGCUCGAAGAAAUCAAAGGGGAAAGCGUGUGUCGGCACGGAUGAUGGAGAAAAGAGUUUGAAGACUUGGAUGGCGGAGAAUUUCGGGGUAUCUCUGAAGAGGAUCGCUGAAAAGUUGGACGUAGUCGAUAAGAAGACGAAGGAGGCCGACCGCCAACAAGAGAAGCUCGCCAAGAAGAUAGAGGAACUCGAAGCAAUACCAAGGAAGAACGAGUCUAAUAAGGACAGCAGUGGUGGAUCGGAGAACGAAGAAGAGAAGCUAGUCAUGAAUAGAGGUGGGAAGGUGCGCUCAGAGGUAGGGAUCGUGAAAUAUAUGAGGCAGAGGCUAGACCACUAUAUGGAGAUGACCGGCAAAAAGAGUAAAAGCCUCUGUGCGAAGAGGGAUAUUAAGUGGGAAAGGAAAGAUAAGAGUGCAUGGGAGUUGGCGAAGCAAGAUACUGAAGAAUUCACCAAGCUGUUGAAUGGCGACGGCUGCGACAACAAUGGAGACGACCAAGAAGGAGAAGAAGAGGAAAGCAACAACUCCGACAAUGAGGAAGAGAACGAAGUCCAGAAUAGGUUCUACAAGAAGGCAGCAGCAUUUGUGUUAAGGGCAGUGGCAAAGCAUUCAGCACCUCUUGCGCAGGCGGUUGUGGAUAGUGGAGCCCUUGAUUCACUUGUGCAGUGUUUAGAAGAAUUCGACCCAGGGGUGAAGGAGUCUGCUGCGUGGGCUCUAGGUUACAUCGCACGCCACAAUGCGCAAUUAGCACACAUGGUGGUCGACGCAGGAGCAGUUGGACUCCUAGUGCUCUGUGUUCAGGAGCCAGAAAUCCCUUUGAAAAGGAUAGCGGCAUCCUCAUUGAGUGACAUUGCUAAACAUACACCGGAGCUGGCUCAAGCGGUGGUCGAUGCGGGAGCAGUCGCUUACGUAGCCCCUUUGAUUUCUAAUCCGGAUGCAAGAUUGAAACGUCAGGUUUGUGCAUGCCUGAGUCUCGUGGCCAAGCACUCUGUGGAUCUUGCAGAGUCUGAUAAGAUUUGGAAACCUUCAUUUAUGGUAAUGGUCGGAACCCGGACAGAUAUCAGGUUGGGUUUUAGUGACCUUGCUGUCCUUGCGGGUGCUUGGGAUAAGAACAGGGAGGAGUUUGAUGACGAGCUUAGGAUCCUGUGCGAGAAGUUGGAGUUAAGGAAACAGAAAUACACGAAGGAGUGUAGGGAACUCGCAGGGAGGGCGGCGAGGGUCGAACAAAUCUUCUUGAGAAUUUGGGGGUUGGAUGACUCUCACCUAGAGAGUAAGGUACCCGAAACCCCUGAUUUUAAUCCUCCCGUCAAUCACAACACUCCUGCCACACGCUGCGAUGAUCUCGCGAUUGAGGAGGAGGAAAGGAUUGAGAUGGAACUGGCGAUUGCCGCCAUUACGGCCUCCAUCCGGGAUUCUCCGCUCACGACUGAAAGGGUAGGAGGUAGUGCGUUGGAACGUGAUCAGUACACCGCGUUUGCACCUCUCGCAUCUGCUUUUUGGUUUGAGCAUACGUCCACUGGCCACAAACACGCGAUAUGGAAAAUGGACACUUUCAACCAUCUCGCACCGAUCUCCAUACGGGCAUUCCAGUUUCUGGGGAACAUCACGGACGAGCAGGUUAGGCAAUGCAUAAAAGGGAAGCUGAAAUACUGUGGCAGGGUUACUUUUCUGGACCCGCAGGAUCUCAAGUUCCCCCCUAUGCACGAGUUGGAUCCGGACAAGUGUGGGGAGUCCAGUUCAGACAUGUGGCAGAAGGGCAUCAGGUGCUUCGAGACCAUCCCCACGGACGGCUCCGAGGACAGUCUCUCGGCGGCUGUCAGAUUCUAUGUGCAGUGUGCAAUGCGGGUCAGGAGGGAGAGAAGCUCUAGCCACGCCAUCCGGAUCAGGUUUGGAGGGAACGGCAAUCCUUGGUCGUCGUGGGCGGAUGCUGAUCAGCCGGAGGAGAUGGGGGCGCUGCUAUUCAAAGAAGAGGACAUCUGCUGGAUUACGGACUGGUGCAUUGCAAACAGCUUGCUGCGCAUGGGAGAUUACGUGUGGAGGCAGGUGAGGGGCAUUCCCAUGGGGUUGGCAUGCUCUCCCAUCUGGUGUGACAUACACUUUUUCAAGUAUGAGUAUCACGCCAUGAUGAGGUUUGUGGACACAGGGAAUGUCCACUUGAUCCCAUGCUUUGACAACACCUGCAGAUACAUUGACGAUCUGGGAGCGGUUAACAACACAGUCAUCGGUGGGUUUCUGCGCAAGAAGGAGGACAGACAGGCGGAUGAUCCAUGCUGGAUAUAUCCGGAGGAAUACAUCGAGAUAAAGGAGAAUACGGAGGUUAGUGAGCAUGGAGUCGGGCUGGUUGCUAAUUUCAUCAGUAUAACAGUUACCAUCACCUGCCCCAUCACCGGCGCUUACUCCACCACCAAGCAUGACAAGCGUGCUGGACUCGGUUUUUCUCCCUGUAAGUUCAUAAAGUACAGAUCUAACAGGAGCGUCAAGCAAUCGUUGCAAAUCAUUAUGGCGCAGGUGGCACAGAUUCUCCUACUAUGCUCUGAGCCGGAGGACGCAGCAAAUGAGAUCGCAAAGGCCGUGACAACAAUGACGGAGAAUGGUUUUUCUGCGGAGUCCUGUUGGAAGGUGGUCAAGAGGACCCUCCGGAGGGCGCAUAUCUACCAACCGGGUAGAUUAUCGGUACACGUGGUUAAGGAGGCCCUUUCCAAUCUAUAUGUGAUUACUGACUAACGUGUUGUGAUUGUGUCUGUGUAUGUGCGUUUGUGUGUGUAUGGUGUCCGGGGGAUGACCUGGCCAAAGGGGCCGGUUGUCCUUCGGGCAUCCGACCCCCACGGCCCAGGUUAUCCCUCAGAGGGUACGGGGUGGGACACACACACACACACACACACACACACACACACGCAUACAGGUGGAGGCACGACACAGGGAGCAGGAAUAUGGCCGUGAGGGAACACUGCUGGAACCACGGGAAUGGAACUCCCCCUCCUUUUUUGUUUUCUUUUAUGUGUUUCCUUGCUUUUUUUUUCUUUUCUUUCUUUGUUUCUUUUUCUUUUUUCUUUUUUCUUCUUUUUUUCUUCUUUUUUUGGUUUCCUUCUACUUCUUUUCCUAUUUUUCUUUUUUUGAUACUUUUUUUGUCUUUUCCCUUUUUUUCUUCUUUCUUCUUUUUUUGCAUUACACAGCUGAGCGGAUGUACAGCAUAGGUUGAUUGUUUCGCUGCUCCUUUCURARGAUAAAUAAAGGSCCCCCCCGCGA